AUGUCACUGUUGCUUGAUCUCUUCCCUGUCGAGUACUGGACCAACGCGUCUAGUUCGUCUACAGCUGACGAGGUCACGCUCGAACAGACAUUUCGCGCGACUGGUAGUAGUGGCCGUGGGCAGAUGCGCAUCAAGUUGACGUGGAAGCGCCAUGGUUCGCUUUCAACUGCAAAUUCGGGGAUGAUAGAACCGAGACUACGAUUCAACGAAGCCGAUUUGGCCCACAUCCUUCACAGUGUCUACCGCAAUAUGUUCCAGCACGAGAACGCACUGUCACUGUUCAAAGACCUCGACAUGCUCAAGAUCAAAAGAAGCUCCACGUUGCAUUACCAUCGUGGUAGCUUUGCUGUGUUUCUCCAUCGACUUAGAAAUCGGGUUACUGUGAAUUGGCAUGAUGUGAUGAACCGCAUUCUUGGACUAAUUGAAAACGAUUCUACAAUCACAAUGGGAAGGAAUUAUAUCCAAGAGCUCUAUCUCUACCUCCAUACCCUGAACAUCUACUCCGCACAGAUAUUUACUCAACCAGGUCAUGUGGUGACUCCGGCUGGAGAUGGAAUCGGCAGAUGGAAGGACCUUCCGAAAACAGUUUGCAUAACCCUAAAAGUGCCAAGAAACAAGCUGAGCGCUCUGACUGGUCUUGAUUCAACAGAUGUCGGUACUCCAAUCAGCCACUGUAUCGUGCAGUCAUCUUCGAGUUCGAUAGUCGGGCGCUGGCAAAAUAUCUUCUCUGGAAUCCAACUUGCGUUUGGUAUGAUCUCGACCGUUGGCGAGAUUCAUAGCAACGAAUAUGCAAUCCAGAUCUCUGAGGACGACUUGAGGUGGCAGGGUAAAUCUCCACUUGUGGUCUCAUUCAUGACCCCAUCUUGGCUCCUCCUGCUUAAGCCGCAAACUGCCAUCAUAGCUUUUGGACUGCAGAGUACACCGCAGACCUGUACUAAGUUCAUUCGAUCAUUGGGGUUCGAGAUGAACAUAUUCGAAACGACAUUGGGGAACGACGAAUGUGUUUAUAUCUCAAAACAUCCACCCAAUCUGACCAGCAUUGCAUCCGGUCACUAUUUCAGUAGAUCCGAGCACGAAUCGUCUGAAUUGGCACAUGGAGAGAUUAAAACGACCUUUUCCGCGAUCGUUCUGCAACCAGAGGGAAGAAUUACCGCCCUUUCUGGUCGUGUGGAUCUUCUCUCAGAAAGACUGAAACAUUCUUUGAGAAGUGGGUGUGCUGUAAAGACAACACAAACAGCCCCAUGCGCCCUUGGAAUUGCCUUCAACGGUAAGGAUGCCCAGAUUUUGUCGUCAUUCCCGGUUCCAGUCUGUGGUGAUAGAAGUAAAACCCGCAUUGCAAGAAAGUCUUCUUACAUAGAAGUGGAGGCACCUCUCCAUUGGAGUGUAUGGAGGAGCUUUCUAGCGUUUUCUCCCUCGUGUAUAUGGGAGAGAACUGCCAAUGUACAUCGUGUCGACAUGAGACUGUUACCAAUAUUGGAUCGGAAUCGCCAUGGUCAACUCAAAUGGCUGUCGCCGCACGUAACAGGUAUGUUUUCCAAACACGAACGAAGACUACGUGAACAAUCCUUGUCCGUGGCGAGUGCCAUAUCGCCAGAUGCCCGAGUGGGCUUCAAAGACUCACUGUUCUCUCUAUUCAUGCAUUUCACUGGAAUUCAGGGAAGACAAUCACACAUAUUCGGCUUGGACAAUCCAACUGGAGGUGGAGUUUACGUUCUCAUUUUUGUGUCUUGCAUAAGACUAGAUCUUGGUAGUCAAACUGUUGUGCUUGACACGGGUGUAUUGCCAAUCACCAAGAGCCUCGUCCCCCGUAUUGCAAGGUUCUUGUCAGCGGUCACUGAGAAAGGAUUUUGCAGUAUUAGAGUCGAUGAUGAGGAACUUAAACUUUGGAGGCAGACCCUGCCGUCGUUUGCGGAGAGAUGUAGGAUCUGGAAACACCAUCCUGCAUGCAACCGUGAUGCAGGGUACAUUCAACACACUCAAGAUGGCGUCAACGAUGUAUUUUGUGCCUGUGGCCGUGGCUUUCUUCCCGAAGAUUUUGUUCCAGAUGUUCCAAAUUGGGCUGAUGUACGUGGGUUGGUUACUGGAGCGGCUAUAUCCCCAAUAUUCUCGGUUCCCAUGAUUGACCCGCCAUUCGAUGGUUUACUAAAUCUAGACCCAGCACAAGGUGGUUGUACAGCAAAUCAUCUGAUAAAUCAUCUCAUGUCAUUUAAUCAACCUGUCGCUCUUCUGUUUAUGCAAGAUGAAUGGUGCGAGAUGAUCCUAACGCUGUUUGGUAUCAAGACACUAACGAUGAGGCAUUUCACAACAAAGUAG